CCUUUCCGAGAGCACAAUGAUGCGCGAGCCGUCGUGCUCGCGCACGCACAAGUAGUCUAUAGAAUGCGAUUUGUGCGUGCGCGCACCCGCAAACUCUUUGUGUGGUGGCGCAGAGAAACGCGGAGGAAAAGCCAUGGCGGACGAAAAACCCAAGGAAGGAGUGAAGACAGAAAACAAUGACCACAUCAACCUGAAGGUGGCAGGACAGGAUGGAUCGGUGGUACAGUUCAAGAUCAAGAGGCACACACCCCUCAGCAAGCUCAUGAAGGCAUACUGUGAGAGACAGGGAUUAACGAUGCGACAGAUUCGAUUCCGCUUCGACGGACAGCCUAUCAAUGAGACAGACACGCCUGCACAGUUGGAAAUGGAGGAUGAGGAUACAAUUGAUGUCUUUCAGCAACAGACAGGAGGCCUCUACUAAAUGAAUAAAGCGUUCCAAGCUCUUCACGUUCACCCUUGCUCCCCCGAUACCGUUCCUUCUCAAACUCUCCCGACUUUGAGCACAAAAUGAAUUCCAUACAGAGUUAGGGCUUUCACCGUUACACAUAUACUGUUGUAUAGUGUAUUAAGUUUUGCUUUUUGCUCCUUUUUACAUUAUCGACUGUCAGAACAUGCUUCAGAAGUGGUCCAUGAAGACUACAGUUAACCAGCGACUGAGCCCCAAAGUUGUGGAUAAGAAGUGUCUUUUGCAAGAGGAAAACCCAGUAAAUUAUUUUAUCUCAUUCAUACUGGGAAUGAGAUUUGCUGGUUGGCAGACUGUUUGUUGUAUUUGUUGCAAAAGAUGGGUUUUAUAUGUUUUUUAUAUCGUAGUAAUGUUUAGAAUAAAACAUGUCAAAAUUAGUUUGAUUUGGCCAUGUUUCAAAUAAAAAAGCCCUGAAAAUGGCAUUCAGUUAAGCUAAAGAUCUGUAUUGUUUUAAUAAAUUUCUUGUUAAAAUAAAAGGAAUGUUCUUUUUUGCUGUAUGUGAAAUACAAGCAGUUCCAGGUGUAAAGGUUUCUUUUUCCUCCUAGUUUACACUGUCACUAUUCAGCAAUUUAUGUGAUAUAUAUAUAUAGUAUUAUGCUGUUUUACUUUGAUUCAUUGCAUAAUCAUGGUUACCUUUGUUUCUGAGCAGAAUUCAUACAGUAUUAAGUGGUACACAGUUCUCUGCAUUUCUUAUGUCAGUGUUGGAACUGUUAAAACAUUUUUGGAUUGUUAGAAAAAGAUUUUAGGAGGGAUAAUUGUUUCCUGUAUUAUAACACAUUAGAUACUGGAUCCUUUCAGUCUGCCUGUUCCAGUGCAACCUGUUCUCAUCUGGGCUACUGAAUCCAGUAUUCUGCUUAAAUGGUUCUGUUGGGAAACAUGACAGUCAUUGACAAAGUAUCACUGUUUUAGGCUACAGUCUAAAAUAAUGCAACUAAAAAUCUAGUAGUGAGUUUCUUCUGGAGUAUGUCUACCAUUAUAUUUUAUACUUAAUUUGACAUUUCUUUUUACUAUGUUUGCAUACUUGCACAUCUUGUGUUUUUAUGGGGUUUUUUUUAUUAUUGUUACAUUGGCUGUAGUGUACAAAGGUCCCAGUCCCAGCUACACUAAAGUAGUAGAAGUUCAUGCUGAACUUCAUGUUUAGCAGCCAGAAUUGCAUGGAAUUUGUGCACUAACAUCUCAUACUUUAUAACCUUGUCUUUUGAAAAGGUACAAUUCAUAUUUUUUCAAGGUGAAAGGAUACUAAACGAGAACAUUGUUACCGCUAUUGAUAAAUAGGCCUUUUAAAGCUAUUUUGGCCUAUUAAUAUGCAACAUUUGUAUAUCAACAUUCGAAACAAUUCUUGGCAUUAAUGAAUAGUUUGACAUAAGUUUAACAUUUAAGAAUAAUUGCACCAAUUGAAGUUGGGUGAAAAACUGAAUCUGUAACAUGGUAUAUGCUUUGUAUGAAGUAAAUAUAAACAUUUACAUUGAGCAAUAUAUUCAGACAUUUAUAAUGCACCAUAAUUACAAGCUUUGCUCAAGGCCUUAUUCACAUUGUCUCACUUUCUGUUAUGAAAGACACAGGUAACACCACAAGUUCUUGGAUGCAUAUUUAAAUUUUUUUAAAGUGUGUUUGCUGAGUGAUCAGCGUGUAGACAUGGAUUUAUCUUCCAAAUAAAUGUAAGAUCUAUAAUUCUU